AUGUUGCCUAAUGAUCCAAACUCAAAUGUCAAGCUUUCGGCUGACAUUCUAUAUUUCGUCUUCUCUCAUACUGACCAGCCAACACUACGCAAUUGCAGACUCCUCAGCCAUUCAGCCUGCUCCGUAGCAACGCCGUCGCUCUUCCGUCGUCUUCGGCUUUCCGCUGCUGAGGGUGAGGAAGACCGCUUCCUCCAGGUGGCGCGGGAUGAAUCGCUUCGCUGCCACGUACAGGAGAUCAUCAUUGACACAAACGUGGGGGGUGACUUUGAAUACCAUCACAAUGCGUCGUAUGAUAUCCCGGCACCUUUCAUGAGGGCAUUGCCGCAUCUACGCUUCUUCUCCAACCUCAAGGCUCUCAGUGUUGAUUUUAGUGAGCACUGCGGCGGGGAAGACUACGAGGACCGCACCUGGGUGUCCAUAGAGGAGACGCAUGAUUUCCGCUACCGCGUCUUGCAGACCGUCUUUGAGUGCCUCGCUGGUACGUGGACCGCAGAGCGCCAGCUGGAGAUUGACGAAGAAGCGAACCUGGACUGGGAUUUUGACAACGCGAAUGGCGAAGAAGAUGGCGAGGACGAGCCCGAAGACACUCGGAUGCCAGCCAUUCCCAUCAAGCUGCUCGAAGUGCACAACCUGGAAGGGUUCAACGAUGAGCGACUCACAACCUCGCAGGCUUUUCGCGCAGUCAUCGAUUCUGGCACCAUCACUGGCCUCAAGCUCUACGUCGUCGUCGAGGAGCAUGAAGAUGAGGUGUUCAAGCAACAGUACGACUUUUUCGACACCCUCCAGCAGACUUGGCUCUCCCCCUCCCUUGCGGCCAGCUUGAAGGUGCUCUCCCUCUACUGCAUGGACCCGUGGGGGUGGAACCCCAAGAUGGACUUCCGCGCAGUCAACCAUUCACAGGGCGGGUUCCCCAAGCUGGAGGCGCUGGCUCUCGGCAAUUACGUCCUCAGCCACGAGUGGCAGAUUGACUGGAUCAUAAACCAAGGCAGGGAAAGCGGGGGUCUGAAGAAGCUGUAUCUCGACCGUUGCUCUGUACUCCACCGCGGCAACAUUCCAGGCCCGCUGCCUGGGCCCUCGACCGUCGUCGGGCAGGACGCGCAGGGGAACGACAUCGAGGUCUCGAAUGCCGAUUACCCCCGCAACGACAUCAUGAAGGCAUACCACGGAGAAGGGACAGGCAUGGUCGAGAUAUUUUUCCAGCUCCGGUGGUCUGGAAUCUUCCAGCGUUUCCGAGAAUCCAUGCACUCCCUCGAGAUCUUCGACGUGAUGUCGCAGCUUGAGACUGAAGACUACGAGGAGGGCGAGGAGGAGUCGGUCCGCCGCGGUGCGCUGGACGAUUCAGAUCCCCGGUUCUGCUCGGGUCGGUUCUCGAGGUACGAGGGACAGGAGGUCCAGCUUUGUUAUUCCGAGUGCGAUGGCACAUUUUGGAAUGACGAGGCUGCGCCUUCAGCGCAGAAGGAUGUCUACGAACCGGACGAAGAGGCAUUGAGACAGCUGGUGGACGAAAUUGCAGGCCGCCGCGGAGGCGAGACAAGUUCUCAAGACUAG